AUUACGUUCCUCAUCUUACAGCAGCGGGGAUCAGAUUCCUGAGCAGAGUUCAGAACCGGCUGCCCGCUGACACCAUGGCAAAGUUUCUGACUCAGGAUCAGAUUAACGAGUUUAAGGAGUGUUUCUCUCUCUAUGACCGUCAGCGUAAAGGAAAAAUUGAAGCUCAGGAGCUGAUCGCAGUGAUGCGAUGUCUCGGGUCAAGCCCCACCCCGUCCGAGGUCCAACGACACCUGCUGAGCCACAGCAUAGACGGGGGCAGCGAGCUCGACUUCUCCACCUUCCUGAGCGUCAUGCACCGGCAGCUCCAGCAGGAGGCGCCGGAGGAGGAGAUCCGGGAGGCGCUGAGGAUGGCGGAUAAGGAGCAGAAAGGAUUCAUCAUGGCGUCCGAGCUGAGAGCCAAACUGACCGGGCUGGGAGAGAAGCUGACGGACAGAGAGGUGGACGAGCUGCUGAAGGAAGCGGGAGUUGGAGCUGACGGGCAGGUUCACUGUGAGCGGUUUGCUAAAGCGGUGACAAAACGCUGACUACGCCACAAACAUCUCCAAACUCAUUAAAAGUAAACUUUUUAAUGAUUUCAA